AUGGCUACAGAACCUACUGCCCGCCUGUCGCAAACAUAUAUAGCUGCAUUACGACAUCAGAAGUCAGAGGAGGUCUGCAGCACUCCCAGUAGUCUUCAGGUCGCUGAUGUUGCUUUCUAUGAGCGCUUGUACACUCCUCAACGAAUAUACUUAUCCUCCGCUAAGGAACUUCUGCGCACCAUUCCACUUGCACUGCGAAUUAUCACGGCACAGGGUGACCAAUUAACCCGACCUUUAACUCUUGUUGACAUACAAGAAGUAGCCAAGCGUUGCCCUAGCAAUAGUAGCCCAGGUCUUGAUGGGAUUUCCUAUCAAAUUCUAACAAUCGUAUUCCUUAAUGCAGCUGCCAGAGGUCUUGCUAUACAGCGAUCUAUUGAUCUGAUUAACACAGAAGCCAAAGGGUUUACCCGUCUGAUCAGUGCGCGGCCCUUGCCCUAUAUGAACCGUUUAGUAUCUCCAUAUCAACUGGGAUUUAUGCCCGGCCGUUUUAUUGGCGAAAAUAGUAAGCUUGAUGACCUUAAACGCCAUGGUGUUCCGUCUGCAUCAUGA